CUUUCGUCCGGGUCUUUCAUCUCCUCGGACACUGAGGGCUGAACAUUGCAUUCAUCCACUGUCUGGUCCUCUUCGGACGUGACUGCAUCUUUGCCUUCGGUCUCGAUGGCUUCACAGAUGCGUUUGACCUUGUCGGGGUUCACCUCACAGAACCUUCCGUAGGCGGUCUCGAUUUUUAAAGAGUCGUGUCCAACGAAAGGUUUCCACGUCCGUUUGUCUUCCUUGUAAAACCACCUGACCUCCUCCGGGCCCAACUCGGUGACGAUCUCACCCCUGUGCCUGGAGCUGUUGGAACGUAUGCGUUUCUUGGUUGUCACGUUACCGUCACUUUCAGUGUAGUUUGGGUCGAUUUCCAGGUAAGACGGGCUCGAAUAUUCUUCCUCGGAUAGGGACAGCAUGAUACCGUCCUGUGAUAAAAGGGGAAGGUGUCUGUCCAAACAGGGUUCUACUGGGUCACUCUCGCCGGCGCGGCUUUCCACUCCCAUCGGAUUCUCGUCGUAGCCCGACACGAAGACAUCAUUUGCCAUGUCCCAUUCACUGCUGCUCACAGAGUUAUUAUCCGAGCUCUGCUGACGGAUAGUCGCUUUGUCCUUCAUAUUGCUCAUUGUUCUAGUUCAACCCGUUCAACGUAAAUACAACACAAAGCGUGCCACUAUAAUCCCAUUCCCUGCAUUUUGGUUCGUAACAUCUGUACGACUGUCUGUCAAAUCGACGACAAUAUUUGCUCACGUUACAGUCAUUGUUUUCGAAAACACCCAUUCAAACCUUUUCAAUGAAAAAAUAAUAAAUGUAUCCUGCAGCGUCCUUAGUCAUCCCUUUGUAGUUUUUUUUUUUUAUCGUCGUAUAUCACCGUUAGUUCACAUCAACGAUGCUAGUUUUGGAAGGCAAUCUCAGCAGUGUGGUUGCCAUGAAUCCGCACUAAAAAUAUCCGGUUGAUCCCGUCAAAAUAAAAUCUGCCUGAAAAGAAAUUCUAGUUUCGUACGUUAUGUUUUUCAAAAACAAAUCCGCAGGAAUAAAUACAAGUGAGAAGACCGCAGUGAAUAAACUGAGCUAUGUGAUUGGUUUAAUUUUGUCGGUAUUUGACAGCGAAAGUGCUUUGAACCACUGUAGUUUUUUAUUUUGAAAUCAAAUUCGGAAAAGAACAACUGUUAAAUGUAUGGCUGAAAAUUAUAUUUUUGACGUUUACGUUUUUAUACAAAAACAAAACAAAUGGUUACAAAUAUCAUUGAUAUUUUAAAGGUUUUGAAAUUAUAUAUGAUAAAAAAAAUUUUUUAAUUAAUAUUUGUUUUGUACCUCGAGAGCCACCGUAUGAGCCACAGAAUGAGCCUGUCAUGAGCAUAUCAUGGUGGCGGUUAGAUGUCAUUUUCGAGUAUGUUGACGUGAAUUAGCGUAUAAAUGAUAGGAAAUGGCAGGAAGUUUUCUUGUCGUAAUGUAUGAGUACUCGCCAGUCUUCUACAUUUGCGUGGUUUCUUUGUGUUUUCUUGUUACAGCCGCCAGGGUCCUUGGCUGGGUUGGGUUUGAUUUUCCGGUGAUCUUGCGUAGCUCCGAUGACACAGAGUCUAUCCUACCAACUCCCGAAAAGCAAAUGGUCCAGGUGACAAAUCCUUUUUCCCUGGAGAUGGGUUCGGGAAUGGCAUCUGUUGCAGAUGGCGUGGGGUUGACGCCAUCUUGCUUGGAACCCUGUGUCUUGAGCUGUUUUUGGGGUUGUGAGGUCAGUGUCCUGCAGCAAGCAUUGCAGGCCCACCAGUCUGGUCCCAGGUUCAGCACCCCCUGUCAUUUCCAGGAGGCACUGCACCCUAGUUAUCAGCACUUGGAGACCUUCUUUAUUGGCAGUGAAGACAGAGAAGAAAUCUUCACUCAUAUUCCGGCCGAUCACGGAAUCACCAAUUUUGGCCCGUUGCCGAGGCGGCGCUAUCCUCUCGUGGCAGUGUUAACCUUAGCGGAAAGAGACGCCAGAAACACAUAUAACAUAAUAGCCAAAGUCACUGUAAUUCAUGUACCAGAUGAUCAAUACAACCUUUCCGCAAGGAUCCUCUUCCAGUACCUUCUCACCUCACAAGGGAACUUGUACGAGUUAAAGGCGCUCUUCAUGUCGGCAAACAGCAGCGGUGAAUCUGUUCAUCCUGACGCCGACCCGAUGAUCCGUCCCAGCGUGCCGGAGCGUGAAGAGGAAACCAAGGAAGAGGUGACAUCAGUGGUAGAAGAUGAUGACGAGGAAGACGAUGAAGACUGGUCAGAGGGGCGGGGCAGAGACUGUGUGGUGUGUCAGAAUGCAGCAAUCAACAGGGUGUUGCUUCCCUGCAGACAUGCUUGUGUGUGUAAUAGCUGUGCCUCUCACUUCCAACAGUGCCCCAUAUGUAGGGCUUUCAUCCAAGAGUCCUUUGCUCUGACUCUUGCUCCAGCUGCAGCGCAACAAUGAACAAUCUCCAAACUCUGGCAAAAAUAAUGGAAUCACCAGUCUCAGUGGAUGUACACUCAGUUGUUUUAUUGUGUAGGGGAGACUGGGGCAAAUUGAGACAUUUUUUUACAUUUGCUCUCCUUUAAACAAGAUAAAAACACCAACCAGUAAGGUUGACAUAUUUCCCAUGAAUUUUGGAUGUUUCCUAGCAAUGGAAAUGAUUAGAAUUGACUCAGAAUGAAGUAUUCUAUGUAUGAAGUAUAGUAUUUAAAAUAUAACUAGUUUGAAAAAAGUGGUAUUGUGUCUUACUUUACCCCAUGUAAAGUGCAAACUGAGACACACUAGAAAAAUUGAAGGGGUAUAGUUAACCAAUGAGGGGUAAACUGAUUCAGUUACUUUUUCAAUCUUAAUAGCAAAAAUCAGAAUAGCAAAUUGAAGGAAUCUGACCUUUUAGCCAGAUUGCCGGAAUCACGCCAGCCGACCCGCCGGACCCGCACUGGCGCAGCUCCAACCAACCGGGGCGGCGAAACCCCGACAACCAGGCCAAAAGGCCAAACUCCGCGCGUUAUCCUUAGUCUUAGCCCCGUGUACUGACUCCAUUUUAAAAGCUGGAAAAAGGCUUCAAAACACAAGUUGACAAUUUAUUAAGGUCGACAGCGAUCAAACUGCAAGGAAAAACACCAACAGACCCAGGCGAGGAGGCAGACUCGUUCCAGGGUCACCAUAUCACAAGUCAACAAAAGGUUCCCGAGAAAAAUGACAACGAUUAGUUAAACAUUCAGUCUUUUUGAAGGCUCUCGCGGGGCGGGCCGUGGGCAGAACGAGGGGUGUGUUUGGGUCUUCUUCUGUUGCAGAUUUGGGCAGUCCAGUUUGUGUGUCACCAUUGCUGGGUCAUGGUUAAUGAGCCAACUGAGGUGGGAGGUUCAGUGCGCCUCUCAAAGAGGCGCUGAGCUAUCAAAAUUGGGAGUUCUUUUUGUUAUCGGGUGUUGUGGUAGUACAGGACGUCCCGCCAUUUGUUCUGGAUUGUCUUGAAGAGCUGAUUGCGGGAUUUGGUAUUGCAGACGUGGGCUUGUAGAUGUCUUGCCUAUCACCUGGUUGUCAGCGUCAAUCUUGCUCAGUCAGCUGCAUGAUGCACACGUUAGUCUUCCGUGGUCAGAAGGCGUCCUUAUCUGUAUGUUGUCUUGGCGCUGCAAGUUCUAAUCAUUCCAAGUGCAACUGUUCAUUAUAUCAAAUAUAUUUUGCUUGUUUUUUCUUAAACCAUGAUAUAAAUGCUAUUUAUUUUAUAUUGGGUGUGUUCAAGGAAUACAAAGAGUAAAUAGGUGAAAAGA